AUGGCAGAAACAGUACCCCUCCCGCCGAGCGAAUCGCUCCACCAAGCUGGAGGCGGUCAGCCCGGUGCUGAAGAUGUUAGUAUCAAGGAGAUAAGGACAUCUACAUUACAAUAUUUGGAACGGAUUUACGCUACAUAUGCUUCUCCUACCGACAAGAACUGGCAUAAGGACUCUAUCAUCGAAUUUAUUCAUCAUGUCCAAGCCGAUAAAGUAACAAACCCCUCAGGCCAUGUCGCGACUCGGGACUCCCUCGAUUUUGCUGGUUUCUUACAGUACAUGACAUCGUCUGCAGCCAACGCGCUGGCGCCGGCAGCCUUAGAUCCCCAGCAUUUAUCUUGGCCCUUGGCUAGCUAUUAUAUCAGCUCCAGCCACAACACCUACCUGACUGGAAACCAGCUGAACAGUGAUUCCGACGCAGAUGCAUACCGGAACGUCUUGCUGCGCGGCUGCCGCUGUGUCGAGAUAGAUGUCUGGGACGGCGACGAGUCCGAUGUCGACACGUCGGAUACCUCAGACAGCUCCGAGGAUGACGAAACUCGGGAACUUAAGGCCAAGAGGAAGAUGAGCCGCGGCGAGAAGAUUGCCUCAAAAUUACCUGGGUCGCUGGCUAACCGGCUCGAGAAGACAUCGAUAGGAAAGCGUAUCACGGGGAAGACCUUAGCAGAGUCGGAAUCUGCGGCGGAGAAGAAGGAUGGGAAUUCCUCCAUCGGAGCCCCGCUAAAGAAAACACUGAGUCCGCAGGCAAUAGCAGUCGAACCCCGUGUUCUGCACGGCUAUACACUUACCAAAGAAGUCUCAUUCCGCGAAGUCUGCAUGGCCAUCAGAGAAAGCGCUUUUGUUGUCACGGACUUACCGCUGAUCGUCAGUCUCGAAGUCCAUUGCAGCCAGGAGCAACAGGAAGCUAUGGUGCGUAUUAUCAACGAGGUCUGGGCCGGCUUUUUAUUACCCCAACCCGAAGACGACGCGAAGUUUCUCCCCGCGCCCGGUGAUCUGCACCACAAGAUCCUUGUUAAGGUCAAGUACGCGCCGCCUAACGCGCUCGCAUCGGCAACUGAGGUGGAAUCCGUAGACCGGAUUCCGCCCGGCGUCGCAUCGGACCCCAAAUCAAAGACCACCGCACAGCAAAAGGUCAAAAAGGCGUCCAAGAUUAUCCAGGCAUUAUCAGCACUGGGCGUGUAUACGCGAGGCGUAUCAUUCAAAUCCUUAUCCCAACCAGAAGCUUCCAUGCCGACGCACAUAUUCUCGCUAUCGGAAAGCGGCGUAGCCGAGGUCCACCAGAACGAAGCGGCAAGGCUUUUCGAACAUAACCGGGAGUACUUGAUGAGGACAUAUCCAUCCGGCAUGCGUAUCGGGUCUUCUAACCUAGACCCCCUCGCUUUCUGGAGGAAGGGCAUCCAGAUCGUGGCGCUUAACUGGCAGAAGUGGGACGAGGGAAUGAUGUUAAACGAGGGCAUGUUCGCCGGUACCGGUGGAUACGUAUUAAAGCCCGAAGGAUACCGCGGUCGGAAACCCGUCGUUAUCGACGACGAAGAGAACAAGGCGACACCCAUCCCCGCAUCAGAGACAAUCCUACACCAAACACUCGACCUCACCAUCACCGUGCUCGCAGCGCAAAACUUACCGAUGCCCGAAGAAGACGAUAAGGAGAGCGGAUUCAAGCCAUACGUCAAGAUCGAGCUACACACCGAGCCGCCGCACGAUGAGCAUCUCUCCCUUACUGGCACAGCCGCAGCCACAGGUUCUUCGUCGACGAGGGCCAAAGAGGGCGAGUACAAGGCGCGCACGAAGACCCAGCGUGGGAUCCACCCGGACUUCAAGUCCGAGAAGCUCGCCGUAGCCAAAAGUAUCCCUGGAGUUGUGCCCGAGCUAGCCUUCGUACGGUUUCUAAUUAAGGAUGACGAGAUCGGUCGCGAUGAUUUGGCUGCUUGGGCUUGCAUUCGGCUGGAUCGACUACGUAGCGGACAUCGAUUCGUGCAUCUCUUCGAUAAUCAGGGCCGAGAAAGCGAGGGCGUGUUACUCGUCAAGAUAGACAAGAAACUGGCUUAG